CAGCUGGUAUUUAAUGUUGGGUCAGUGCCUUUAGCAUACAUCGCAUAGCAUUUUCACUUCGUAGGUGUUGCUUUGCCUUUAAGCUCAUAUUUCUCUGUCAUCAACAGCCGCGAAACCGGGGGCCUCAGAAACCGGCUGCGUAAACCACUACGCUUGUACAAAAUGGCGUCGGCGGGCGUGGCGUCGGAGCGCCUGCAGGUGCUCUCGCGGCAACUUACCGCAGGAAUUGCGACGCCUACUAACUUGCCGGUCAACGUUGUCGAGCUCCGCAACUUUCUGAUCCACGACAACAAGGAAAUGCGUGAGGCCAUCUUCGACUUUCUUAAAGACGAUCUCUACAAGCCCAACCACUACCAAGGGCUCAUGGAGUUCAGGGAGCAAACUCUGCAGCGCCUCAAGAAGUUUGUCGUGCAGAAGUUCUUCUCGGUUCGUGACUACACAAACGAUCCCCGCCGCUUCAUCGCGGCGCUCGAGUGCCUCAUGUACGCUGAUUAUUCGCUCGCCAUCAAGGCCGGAGUGCACUUCACGCUGUGUGGAGGGACCAUUGCCAAGCUGGGAACCGCCUACCACCACGCCAAGUACCUGCCCGGCAUUGACGACCUGACGCUGCCCGGCUGCUUCGGCAUGACGGAGCUGGGUCACGGCUCCAACGUUAUGGGCAUCGAGACAACCGCCGUGUACGACAAGGCCGCGCAGCAGUUUGUCAUCAACACACCCAACGACGAGGCCAGCAAGUACUGGAUCGGCGGCUCGGGGCAGCACGGCAAAGUGUGCGCCGUGUUUGCGCAGCUCACCGUCAACGGGCAGUGGCAGGGCCCCCACGUAUUCGUCGUCCGCAUCCGUGAUGACUCCGGCCGCCUGAUGCCGGGCGUGCGCAUCGCCGACCAGGGCCCUAAGAUGGGCCUCAACGGAGUGGAUAACGGCCGCAUCUGGUUUGAUAGCGUGCGGGUGGCUCGUGAGGACAUGUUGGACGCCUUUGCGAGCGUGUCGCCCGACGGAACCUACUCGUCCUCCAUUCCCAGCGUCUCGCAGCGCUUCGGCACGGUGGUGGGCGGCCUCACGACGGGCCGUGUGCUGAUUGCGGCGGGCGGAGUGGACGCGGCCAAGGUUGCACUCACCAUCGCCAUCCGCUACGGCUGCUCGCGGACGCAGUUCGGGGACCGGCCCAUCAUGGACUACGUGACUCACCAGGCCCGGCUGCUGCCCCCGCUGGCUCAGACCUACGCACUGCACCUUGCGUUGGGCCACCUGAAGGGCCUUAUGGCGGCCAAGCGCCCCGCCGACGCCAAGGCCAUCCACGUGCUGUCCUCGGGGCUCAAGGCUGCCGCCACGUGGGGCCGCGUGGAGGCCAUGCAGGACUGCCGGGAGUGCUGCGGCGGCAUGGGCUUCCUGUCCGCCAACAAGAUUGGGCCGCUGAUGACGGACAUGAACGUGGACGUGACGUUUGAGGGCGACAACACGGUCAUGAUGCAGCAGGUCGCCCGCUCGCUGCUCGAGGACAAGUCGAUGCUGGCUCGCGGCGCCCCCGCAGUGCCGGCCCCGGGCGCCCUCGCAGCCGGCCGCGCCACCUGCUCGCGCACCCUGCAGUCGCUGCUGGGCUUCCGCGAGAGUGCCCUCACGGCGCAGGUGGCGGGAGAGAUGGCGGCGGCGGCGGCGCGCGCCGAGGGAGCCGCAGCCAAGGCCACAGCCUCGGCUGCCGCGUUUGACCGGCAACUGGAUGUGGUGGUGUCGAUUGGCUGGGCCUCGGUGGAGCGCUUCUGCCACGAGAACUUCCUGAAGGAGGUGGAGCGUGCCCCCGUCUCGCUGCGCCCCGCUCUCGCCUCUCUGGCUCAGCUCUACGCCCUCAGUCGCAUUCAGCGCUCGCUCGCAUUCUACCUCACCACCGGGGCGCUUAACCGCGACGACGCGGUGGCCCUCCGCGCCGCCACGGCCAACCUGUACGGCAGCCUCACGGCGGGCGGCCCGCGCUGCGCCGCCGUACAGCUGUGCGACGCGUUUGGCAUCCCGGAUCACCUGCUGCAGGCGCCCAUUGCGUUUGACUGGCGCAAGGUGUAAGGGGAGGGAAUGCGUUGGUGUGGUGUAAACGACGGCAACUGGGGUGGUGUGGGGUGAGAUAAGGAUGGUUGGGAAUGGUUGCGUUGGGAACCUGCUUUGAUGCUGCCCGUGGCGCCUCCCGUUUGGGCCUCGUUGUAUUCUUAAACAAGAGGCAUCCUGUAAAGAGGCUGGGCAUUCUAUGUCAUGAUGCUGAGAGGACGUGCGAGGUGGAGGGCUUUGCAGAUCAUCGGAUGUCAUGUGGCGUGAUUGCUCUUUCCUGCCUCUGCCGCGAGUGAGAAUUAAGUACCCUAUGCGAUGGAUGCACCAAGCUCAAGCUCACAUAAUGACGCACUGCCAUGCCCGGGCUCCAAAACCAUGUGUUGUGCACUUGCCGUGCAUGGCGCAUAGCGACGGAUGUAUGCUGUUUGGCCUGGGUGAAAUUAACAAAGACCCGGGACACAAGCUUGGACGCGCAUGUGUGUGCAGGCUUACGGCACAUGCGUGUAAUUUCCGUUUUAUCUUUGGCGUCCAUCUUCUUUCGUUGUUAGUACCGUGUCAUUUCGUGUUAGUGGCUCGGUUGGCCAGGAGGUCUUUGCUUGUAUGUUUCGUGUACUGUUCACUUGCCGAAUUAGCCCUUGGAGUAGACGUGUUGACGUGGUUUUGUCGGGUUGAAUAGUAGUGCCUCGUAGACUAGUAUUAGGGCACCUCCCAGGUUACGCACAUGCCUAGGAGGGUUGCCGUCGUAUUUUGUCGUGUUCGUCGGUCCGCGUUGUCCCGUACCUAGCAUCAAAAGAUACAAAGACAUAUUGAUGCGGGUAGGUUUAUCCUCUCGAUAUUCUUUGCGACACAGCCUCGUUUGCGCAGUCUUAUACUUCCAUUGGCUGUCAGUAAGACCGUGAGGUUGGGAGUGUUACCAUAGCUUGGGUGACGAGUUUGUGGUUUUGAGACGUGCCGUACGCGUUAGCCGGCCGUGGGCUUUGUGGUGUUACGGUGGUGGUAGUUGCCGAGACAGGGUGUAACGGUGGGAAUAGUCGGUUACCGGUAGACAAAGUGCGUGCUCGUCGCAACAUUAGACGUCUAAUCUGUUACAGUGUUCGUUUCGA